AGCUCCCGGCACUCCAAGCUGGAGAAGGCAGACAUCCUGGAGAUGACGGUCAAGCACCUGCGAAACCUGCAACGGGCGCAGAUGACCGCUGCGCUCAGCGCCGACCCCACCGUCCUGGGCAAGUACCGGGCUGGAUUCAACGAAUGCAUGAACGAGGUGACACGGUUCCUCUCCACCUGCGAAGGGGUGAACACCGACGUGCGUAAAAAACGUCUCCUCAGUCACCUCUCAGCUUGCUUGGGCCAAAUCGUGGCCAUGAACUACCCACCUCCACCACCACCACCGCCAUCUGGCCAGCCCGCACAUCUGGCACAGCAGCCUCUGCACGUCCAGCUGCCACCCACAGCAGCCGGAGCUGUGCCUGUCCCCUGCAAACUGAACCCUGCUGAAGCCCUGUCCCCAAAAGUCUACGGGGGCUUCCAGCUCGUUCCUGCGACCGAUGGCCAAUUUGCUUUUCUCAUCCCCAAUCCAGCCUUCCCUCCCAGUUCUGGACCAGUUAUCCCACUCUAUGCCAAUGCCAACGUCCCGGUAUCCACAGGCGGUGGCUCGGGGAACGCAGCCGCCACCCCAUCAGCGUCCCCGGUGCAGGGGUUGACAACAUUUGGGGGCAGCAUUGUUCCAGCGUCCCAGGCGGGGAGUCCCAUAGGAGAGCGAAGUGAAUCGGUGUGGAGGCCUUGGUGA